AUGAUCGAUGAAAAUUUACCCAGUAAGAAUUUAAAGCCUCCAGGGCUUAAGCCCCUGGCGCCUACGUCAUCUGUGUUUAGACUAACCCCAGACCCAGCGUUUUUCCUCAAGAACAACUCAAAUCAGCCUCAAAUCAGCACAAUAUACCACCGUCAACAUGGAAAUGACCCUGAGCCUGCGUACUCCUUGCGCGCCCUUGACCCCGCCUCCCCCUCAUCUCAAAACCGCUACGGAGUCGCCCUUUACGAUCCCUACGUGACGGAUGUUGUCUACGGUGAAGUCGCCGUGAUUCCAGAAUGGACUCAACCCAGUCUGUCAGCAGACACGAUCCGAGCAAAUGGCGGCACCGCACCACCCCCAGAACCAAUCCUUCCCAAUGAGUUUACGAUCCAACUUUACAACCCCGACCAAACGAUCAAGGUGAAAUACAACACCAAGUCAUGGAAUAAGCCCGCGCGGUGGGAGUUCGAAAUGCCACAAAACACGUUCCGGGUUCCCUCCGGCUCAACGCUGGACCAGGGCCAGAUUGAUCCCUCUAUUGCAGAUAUCACUCCGAAGCUGCGAUUCAGUUGGCGCAAGGAUGGAAAGCUGUCCAAAGAUUUGACGUGUUUGUUGCAUGGGAAGACCUCUACGAUACCCGAUACUCGCACAAAAAGCCGCGAACCAGACAUCACAGUUGCUCUCUUCCAGGGACUGAAGGAGCUUACACUUUACGAGCCGAAUCUGUACCGCGUUGAAAUGGAGGAUUUCAAGGGGUUAGAGGUAGUGCUACUCCUGGCUGCUGUUGCCAUUCGAGACAUAUUCUUCGGACCAGCGAAGGAAGCUUUCCACAUCUCCAACAACUCGCCUCAAAUAUCGCGCAAGCCAGCAGCAGUCCCAACCGCAGCAGCAGCAACACCAGUCGCAAGCGCCAAGCUGGACCGACAAACCCCACAGGCUGGACCUUCUGGAACGGCGAUCAACGGAAAGCCAUCACCACCUCGUCUCAACAUCCCAAAUACCACAUCCCCGGGCCCACAGGAGCGAAGACUCCAAGAUGAGCUUGCUAAACGCGAAGAAGAACGCCGAAACCAAGAAAUUCUCGCCGCAGAAAAAGAGCAGCGUCGACGUGAUGCAGAAGUCGACAAAGAAACAAAACGUCUCCAAAAACUCUACGGCAGAGAAGAAGAACAAGCCCGAAGGCAAAACCAUACGCCCGCCCCAUCUUCCAGACCACACCUCCCGCCCCGCCACUCCGGUCCCCCUCAACCAUACUCCCACCAAUAUUCCCAGUCUUCAGUCCAGCUCUCCCAGGGCCCACCCCGCCACUACCGCCAACAACAACCUCAACUCCAACCACACGUCCAAUUCCAAAACAAUCCCUACCAAGCCCCGGGCCGGAUGGAUCCCCGCACCCAAUCUUUUGCACACCUCCAGGCCCGUCCGCAGUCUCGCGUUCAACAGCCCCGUCCCCAAUCUACUGUUAGCUUCUAUGCGCAGCCUACUAGUAGUGGGGCGCUGCCUGCGUCGAAGCCGCCGCAGAUCCAGCCGAAAAAGAGUGGCUUUUUUGGGUUCCGUCGCAAUAAGGAGGAGAGUGCAGCGAGCAAGCUAGAGAAAAAGAGGAGUUCCAUGUUUUGA